UUCCAAUUCAGCGCCACCUGGCGGAUCAUAAUCCAAGAUGGCGGCGUAUGGUGUGUCCGUGUCACAGCACAUGUUUUUAGUGUUUUAUCAGCGCUACGCGUCAAAUUAGACUUUUUCCAGAAAAUCUUCGUGCUUAAAUGCGUAUAUAGGUACCAACAACAAGUAACCAUGUCUCGAAAAAGAAAUCAUGAGGAGAUGAACCAGUCUGCAUCUACUGACCGUACACUGCACUGUGUUUGCAAGACCCCAGAAGAUCCAGAAAAAAUAAUGGUUAGAUGUGAUCUCUGUGAUGAUUGGUUCCAUCCAUCUUGUGUUAAUCUUGAUGAAGAAGAAGCUAAGAACAUUGCAAAAUGGUUUUGUCCUGGCUGCUGUGAACUAAUGAAAAUAAACCCUUUAAUUUCAAAAAAAGGACUCCUUAGUUUUCAAGGACGCGUGGCACCAACGACAGGAUGGGGUGAAGAUUUCCCUAUUGAGGACAUCGAUGAAAGUGUUCUUGACUUUGUGAAAACAAAACGCCACAGGGUUGAAGGCUGGACACUAUUCCGAGAGGGAAAAAUAACAGGUUUGAGCAGUACCACAACUGGAAACUUGAUAUAUUUCAGAGGUCAAUGCCAAGCUGCAAUGAAGCAGAAAACUUAUAACAUAUACAUGUGCCUGAAACAUGGAGGAACAAAAUUAAAGUGGGGGACAUGCUCAUGUCCAGCAGGAAUAGAUGGGCAAUGUAAGCACCUUGUAGCCACAUUGUUCUGUCUUAUUGACUUUCACCGCCAGGAUGUAAAAACAAUGCCCGAUGUGAAAACAUGCACAGACAAGUUGCAAUUGUGGCAUGUUAGAAAACCAACGUCUGAUGAGCCUCUUCUGUUCAGAGACAUCAACUUUGUCAAACAUGAUCCGUUUAAGACCGUGAAGAAGGAUUUGUGUGCAGCUGCAGCUACUCAUAACCCUGUGCCCGAGUUUGCCAGAUCUGUUACAGGUAAUGAUCUAACCAAACUUGUUAACCUGUUGAUGCAUCAGGUUUAAACCUUCCAGUGUUGGACACCAUUCGAGAAAACAAUUUCAAACCUGUGGCAUGUAGGCAACGCUGUGAUGUAAACCUAGACGCAGAUUUGUUUGAGAUGGUUGACAAUACUAGCUUCAGUGAAAUAGAAUUGCCACAGGCACUCAAAUCAGACAUCCAGCAACAUUACCUAGUUAAUGUGAGUGUAGACACCCAAAGAGCCAAGUUCAUAGAGAAAAAUACAAGGCUACAGAGCAAGACUUCAUUCUGGUUUAAUGAGAGACAAUACCGUAUUACUGCAUCUAACUUUGGUGUUUUUUGUCGCCUGAAAAAUACAACAGACCCUGUGAAUACGUUUCAACAAAAGAAGAAGUUUUUCACGUCAAAAAGUGUCCGUCACGGUAUCAAUUAUGAAGCUCAAGCCUUGGCUUUGUAUCAAAAGGAAAAACCAUGUGCUAGUUCACCAGUUGGUCUUGUUGUAAACCCCAAACUACCCCAUCUUGGAGUGACACCUGAUAGACUAGUAAAAGUCAACAAUGAGAUUAGACUGGUGGAAAUCAAAUGUCCAUACUCUGUAUUCAAGAAGAAGACAAGUAUAUUAUCACAAAUGAAGGAGAAAAACUUUUAUUUGGAAAAAAACCCGACAACUGGUGAAAUCCAACUCAAAAAAUCCCACGACUACUUUUAUCAAGUGCAAGGACAACUGAAUUUGUGUGGAAUAGAGAAGUGUGACUUUGUAGUAUUCGUUCCUCCGGAAGACAUUGCCAUAGUAGAGAUACAUCGUGAUUCAGAGUUUUUCUGUUCUAAUAUGUUGCCUAAACUCAACAGUAUCUAUUUCAGCCAUUUGCUCCCACAUUUUGUUGAUUGUCUCCGCACAAAAGAUCAGUGAAGGUCUCGACUUGUAUUGUUUAGUACAAGAGGCACAUGCAAUACCA